AUGAAUAAUUAUUCAGAUACUGAUUCAGAUUCUACUAUUGAAGAAACAUUGGUGAUGUUAAAUUUUCCACAGUUAAAUAAUGAUGAAAAUAAAUUAAAAAAUUUUAAUAUUUUUCGUAAGAAAAAAGAAGAAAAAUUUAAUUUAGAAAGUGAAAAUAAAAUUAAGAUAAUUGAAGAGAAAAAAAAUGUACAUUCUGAAAAAGUACCCAAUUCAAAUAACUUAUCAAAAAAUAACACUGUUAAUGAGAUAAACAUUACUGAUAUUAAUUUAACUAAAGAUAAUGAACAUGAAACUCUGAAUAAUGAUAAUAUACUACGUAUUAAUAAAAAGGAUAAUAAUGUAAAUUGUAAUAGUUAUGAUACUCAAGAAAAUAAUAUAUAUAGCAAUAAUGGAGAAGUACAUUAUAACACGAAUGAGAAUAUUAGAAAUGAUGAUUCUUAUAUAAUUAAUGAAUCCAACAAAGAUUUAGUUGAUAAGGAAAAAGAAAAUGAUAAAACAAAUGAGGGCUAUUUAGAUGAUAAUAUUAUAGAUAACAUACCAUUUGAAAUUAAUAACAUAACUUUAAAAAACAUAUUCACAGAAACUCCUCAAUGUAUAAUAAAUAAUAAAUAUAAAUUUAAAGGUAUUCAAACUUCUAGUAUUGGAACAAAUUUAUAUUUUAAAGAACCUGAAAGUUUAAAAAAUAAAAAUGAUUUAAAAAAUUAUGAAAUAUCAUAUGAUGAUUUUAAUAGAAGUAUAAAAAAUGAAAAUAAAAUUACUAGAGAUAAUUUUACAAUCUAUGAAGGCUAUUCUACAAAAAUAAUUUCUUUUGAAAUAGAUUACUAA